UAUUCUCCACGUGUCCAUGUGUUCACACCCAGCCCGCCAUCUUCAUCAUCCUUUCCACUUCUGCAUUGUCCUGUCCCUCCUCGGCUCUGUUUGCCUUUGCCAGAAAGAAACUUCAUAAUCGCCAUAACCGAGAGCUCGCUUCAAACCCUAGAAUCUUCCGACUCCUCCAUGGCAGUCAGAAUCCUCUCCAGGAUCUUGCUCCGCCACUCCACCGUCGCUCCCUGCGCCGUCGUAUCACCGGCCCUGAGGCACAGAUCCUCCCAAUCGGGGAAGCUGAUCGAGAUUGACCUCGAGUCGUCGCCAUCCACGUCGUCUUCAUCGGACGGCGAGAUCGAGGUCGAGGUCCUGAAGAUGCGGAAGCUCGAGGAGGCCAUCCACGCGCUCUUCGUCGAGAAGUCAACCCCCGAUUGGCUUCCCUUCAUCCCGGGGUCCUCCUUCUGGGUCCCGCCACGGAAGCGUAAGGUUGACAUGGCCGAUCUCUUCGACAAGCUGUGGGAUCCCCCGAGGGAGGAGGAGACGUUCAGGUUCGCGAAUGGACGCGGGUGGCCCAUUCUCGAGUUCUUCUCUUCAAAAGGAGAUGGUGCACCCGAACCCCAAGUGGGGUUGGAGGUGGAAGUGAAGGUGAUUAAGGAAGAGGACAUAGAGGUUAAGGUGCUGAACGUUGCUGAUAUCAACUCAGAAGUGGAAGAUACGGAAGGAUGAGUUACAAGCGUAUUCAUGUAUUGUUGCACGGCUUCGGUGUGUCUAGGUAGAUAUAGCAGGAUCAAGGAGAAGAAUAAGAUUGGGCUAGGUGGACGACUGAGCAAAGCGGGACUCUGUACAUAAAGAAAAUUAGGUACUCCAGGGAGGAGAACUGAAUGCACUCCGUGUCUCACUAGAUCAUGAAAAUACCUUUAGCUUGUGUGAGGCUGUUAGCAUUUAAUCGUUUGAUUAAUGUUUGUAGGGCAAUCUAAGAUGAUGCGAAACUACUUGUUUUCUUGUAUUUAUUGGUGAGAAUGAAAUGCAAGGAAGUGUUACUAGUUCCAUUCAAA